AGAGCUCCUGAAGAGCCACCUCCGAGGUCCCGGAGCUGGCUGGGAGCAAACCGAAAUUGAAAGUCGUAGCCGUGGUGGCGACUGACCGAGGCGGCGCUGACCACCGGCGCGGGGAAGUGUCCCCAGCGCACGGAGCCAGGUGAAGAUGCUGGAAGCAGACUUGGUUGCAAAGAUGCUUCGAGCUGUUCUGCAAUCCCAUAAGAAUGGAAUAGCAUUACCCCGUCUACAAGGGGAAUACAAAUCCUUGACUGGUGAUUGGAUCCCAUUCAAACAACUAGGAUAUCCUACAUUAGAGGCAUAUCUGAGAAGUGUGCCAGCAGUUGUCAGAAUAGAGAUCAGUAGAUCUGGAGAGCAGAUAACUUGCUAUGCUGUGGCCUGCACAGAGACAGCCCGGAUUGCUCAACUGGUAGCACGCCAGAGGAGUUCAAAAAGAAAAACAGGAAGGCAGGUGAAUUGCCAGAUGAGAGUGAAGAAAACCACGCCAUUUUUCCUAGAAGGAAAACCAAAAGCAACACUCAGACAACCAGGAUUUUCUUCAGAGUCUGAAAGAGACAGCAAAAAACCCACACUUUUAAGAGAAAAAGCUGUCAAGUCUGGUAACGAAACUUCACCAUAUGCCUUGCCCCCUACCCUUGGAAGUGGAGUGUCCAGAGAAGUGCCAAUGCAGAGACAUGUGACAAUGAUAAAUAGGUCUAACCCAAAAGCAUCCCUUCCACCAGUAUUUCAGGUGCAUCUGUCAAGAGGUUCUCCUAAAGAUAUAAAUGAUAAUUUAAAUGAGACUAUUCAGAAAACAAACAGCAUGCCUUCUGUGUCUAACACUUAUAAAAUGGAUGAGGUUCAGAUGCGAAUUAAGGAGAUACUAAACAAGCAUAACAAUGGCAUUUGGGUGUCAAAGCUCCCACAGUUUUACAAAGACCUGUAUAAAGAAGAACUUCACCGAGGAGUUUUUCAGCAGUUUGAACACUGGCCUCAUAUUUGCACGGUAGAAAAACCUUACAGUGGUGGUCAACAGGAUGUGCUUAUUUAUCCAGCUAAGAGAAGACAGCUUUUAAAAAGUGAAACAGACAAUGAAAAGACACUUCAGUCCCAGACACCACCUCCACAACAAGUAUCUCUUUCAAAAGAAUUCUCAGAAGUUAGGUCAGCUUCCAUUAAUGAUGACUUUAAGCAGAAAGUUGCAGAGCUGUUAGUGAAAUAUUCAAGUGGUCUUUGGGCAAAUGCACUCCCCAAAACAUUUGAGGAUACAUACAAAUUAAAGUUUCCUGAGGAUGCGUUGAAAAAUCUUGACUUGCUAUCGGAUGUAUGCACUGUAGACCACAUUUCUGACAAUCCUCAAAAGGCCAUUCUUUAUGCAAAACUACCAAAAUGCACUGGUGGGAAUAUUAAUAAUGCAAAGCAAAAAAUAAAUAAUGAUGAUAUCACAUCCAUGGUUGAACAAGAAUAUUUGCAGAUAGAAGAAGAAGAAAACCCUGACUUUUCCACAGAAGAAAUAAUCGUUCCUCCUUUAAUCAUCCCAACUGAGCCAUCACCGUCAGUUUUGGUAGUUGAACUGAACAACACAAAUGAAGUUGUCAUCAGGUAUGUAGGCAAAGACUACUCUGCUGCUCAAGAAUUAAUGGAGGAUGAAAUGAAAGAAUAUUAUAGUAAGAAUCCUAAAGUGACGUCAGUACAAUCUGUGUAUGUUGGACAGCUGGUUGCUGUAAAUGCGGAGGAAGAUGCUUGGCUGCGUGCACAGAUAAUUUCAGUAGAAGAUAACAAAAUAAAGGUGUGCUAUGUUGACUAUGGUUUCAGUGAGAUUAUAGAAAAGACCAAAGCAUACAAACUAAACCCAAGAUUCUGUUUGCUCUCCUUCCAAGCAACAAAAUGUAAAUUAGCAGGGUUGGAAGUGUUUAAUGAUGAUCCUAGUUUGGUGAAGGUGGUUGAAUCUUUAGCUUGUGGGAAGAUAUUUGCCGUAGAAAUCCUGGAAAAAGCUGAGAUUCCUCUUGUGGUCUUAUAUGAUACAUCAGGAGAGGAUGAUAUCAAUAUCAAUGCCACCUGUCUGAAAGCACUUUGUGACAAAACGCUAGAGGUGCACCUUCAGGCUGAUGCCAUGUAUACAAGUGUAAAAGUGACCAAUAUUUGUUCUGAUGGAACUCUGUACUGCCAGGUGCCUUGUAAGGGUCUGUCUAAACUCAAUGACAUUUUGCAUAAAUUAGAAGACUACUUCCAUUGUAAGAACAUGACAUCUGAGUACUUUGUUUCAUUACCUUUCUGUGGGAAAAUCUGUUUGUUUCAUUGCAAAGGAAAAUGGUCCCGGGUGGAGAUAACAAAUGUUCACAGUAGUCGGGCUCUUGAUGUUCAGUUCUUGGAUACUGGCACAGUUACAUCUGUAAAAGUGUCAGAACUCAGAGAAAUUCCACCUCGAUUUCUACAAGAAUUGAUUGUAAUACCACCCCAGGCCAUUAAGUGCUGUUUAGCUGAUCUUCCACUUACUAUUAGCAUGUGGACACCAGAUGCUGUGCUUUGGUUAAGAGACACGGUUUUGAACUGCUCCGAUUGCAGCAUUAAGGUUAUGAAAUUGGAUGAACCCAAAGGGAUUGCACAUAUUUAUCUAUUUACUCCUAAAAAUUUCCCAGAUCCUCAUCGCAGCAUUAACCGGCAGAUUACAAAUGCAGAUUUGUGGAAGCAUCAGAAGGAUGUGUUUUUGAGUGCCACACCCAAUGAAGGUAGUCCAAGUCUUUCUAACAACAAAAAUAACAGUGUCACAAUACCUAAAACCACUCUUGAAAGUGUCAAGAAAAACAUCACCAAUACCAUCCCAAAGUCUGUAAUACAACACACCACCAACCUUUCUGUGAUGGAGCUUCCCCCUCCAAUACCUUUGUCGAAGCCUGGAGAACAUAUGGAUGUCUAUGUGCCAGUGGCCUGCCAUCCUGGUCAUUUUGUUAUUCAGCCUUGGCAAGAAUUACAUAAACUGGAAGUUCUGAUGGAAGAAAUGAUUCUGUAUUAUAGUGUUUCUGAAGAGCGACCUGUAACAGUGGAAAAAGACAAAGUAUAUGCUGCAAAAGUGGAAAACAAGUGGCACAGGGUACUUUUAAAAGGAAUUCUGACCAAUGGACUGGUAUCUGUUUAUGAGUUGGACUAUGGCAAACAUGAAUUAGUGAGCAUCAGGAAAGUACAGCCUCUAGUGGACGUGUUCUGGAAGCUGCCCUUUCAGGCCAUCACAGCUCAGCUUGCAGGAGUGAGAUGCAGUCAGUGGUCCGAAGAAGCUUCAAUAGUGUUUCGAAAUCAUGUUGAGAAGAAACCUUUGGUAGCAUUGGUACAGUCAGUUGUUGAAAGUACCAAUCCUUGGGAUCGAAAAAUAAUAGCCUACUUGGUGGACACGUCACUACCAGAUACUGAUGUAUGGAUUCAUGACUUUAUGUCCAAAUAUCUUGUGGAGCUUUCAAAAAUUAAUUAAUCACUGUUGCUGAAACCUUGACAACUAAUUGAUAUUCUUUAGCAAUAAUAAUAAUAAUAAUAAUAAUAAUAAUAAUAAAACAUGAAGCAGGCUUUAAACACCAAAAGUCCAACUCUGCUGCAUGGCUCUGAGUAUCUGCAAGGAAUUGAGAAAAUAUGAUGCUUAUGGUCUAUGAAAUAUAUUUAAUAGAAGUUUUGUUUAACAAAGUUGACCUUUCAAAGGACUUGCACUUUGUUUAUUACUGUAGUUUUAGAGUGUUAGGGUGGAAAAAUAAAGUGUUGUUUAUCAACAUCAAA